AUGAAAUUACGAACAGGACAAAAGUACCAAAAUAAAGAGAUCAGUUCAAAUCUCGAACCAGAGCUUAAUCGAGGCAGAGCAAGAUCAGAGCUCGAGCUUCAGCGGUUCAUUUUGAUCGAACAAGUAGUGGAGAAUGUACGGGGUGGCCCGAACCACGGCGACCCAAGCUCCGAACAUGGCCACGUGACUCUUGAGCUGCUUCAGCGCCGCCGCCUUGUCUGGCUUCCGCAUAAACAUGCCUGGAAACAUUUUAGCUACUUUUUUUCUUCGGAUUUCCUUGCGAAUUUUGAUUGGGGAGAGGAAGAUGACUGA